CUGGGUACAUAGAACACGUCUCGGGGGGUGAAGAGUGCUAUUCUUCAGCCGCACCCUUGGUCGUCCGAAAGAAGCCUAUCCUAUCUGGGAGAAGCGCCUCAUCAAAAAAAAUCCCACUAUUAUUUUGCCCAAAUAACAAUUGUUGGCUGCACUACCGUCCCAAUGGUCCCCAUCCCCCUUCGCCCUGCAUCAGCUCAGAUCAUUCACGCCCGGGCUACCCGCGCGAUAGAACGUUGAGACUACAUAUCCCAUUCGUCCCCCGACUUUCUCUCAUUCUCCUUCUCUCUUCUCCUCUCAACUCCAACCACCGGAACCUAACGACGACACGAAAAAAAACAUGGCGAAGAAGCAGAACAUCCUCAGCACCCCGUUACACGGAAUCUACAUUCCCGCAGGACUCCUCAUCCUCGGUGCGGCAAUCAUCGACCGGUACUAUGUUCCGUACGCCAUCGGUCUCGCUGUCUUGUUGGGUGGCUUCAAGGUGCUGCGAGGAACGCCUUCCAAAGUCCUCAAGCCUGACCAGUUCCAGGAGUUCGCGCUCGCGGACAAGACCGUGAUCUCGCACAAUGUCGCCAUCUACAAGUUCACCCUCCCUCACCCCAACGCGAUCCUCGGCCUUCCCAUCGGCCAGCACGUCUCGCUGGCCGCUACCAUCGACGGCAAGGAAAUCGUUCGCUCGUACACCCCUACCUCCUCGGAUGCGGAUCGUGGCCACUUCAACCUCCUGAUCAAGUCUUACCCGACCGGCAACAUCUCCAAAUACGUCGCCAACAUGAAGAUCGGACAGACCAUCAAGUGCCGCGGCCCCAAGGGACAAUUCGUGUACACCUCCAACAUGGUGCGCGCCUUCACCAUGAUCGCCGGAGGAACCGGAAUCACGCCCAUGCUCCAGAUUGUCCGCGCCAUCACCGAGAACCCCGACGAUAAGACUCAGGUCGACCUCAUCUUUGCGAACGUCAAUGUGGAAGAUAUCCUCCUUAGGGAGGACCUGGAUGAGCUUGCGGCCAACCAUGACAAUUUCCGUGUUCACUACGUCCUGAACAACCCCCCUGAGGGAUGGAAGGGCGGUGUUGGUUUCGUUACUGCUGAUAUGAUCAAGGACUGGUGCCCCGGCCCCGCAAAGGACGUUAAGGUCCUCAUCUGCGGUCCUCCACCCAUGGUCAGCGCCAUGAAGAAGGCUACCACUGCGCUCGGCUUCGAGCCGGCGAAGCCCGUUUCCAAGCUCGACCACCAGGUUUUCUGCUUCUAGAGACGCUUUCUAUAUCUAAAAAGAAAAACGGAUUUUUUCUCUUUAAUUUUAUGUCCCUUACGUUCUGGAGCGUGUAAUUCGGUAGAUCACAUUAUUUAGCUGGAGUACAUGGACUGUUUUCUGAGAGUUUGAAAAGUGAGAGCACGAGUG